UUCCAGUAAAUCCGACAUUCUGGAAUUCUGAAUUUUCUGAACACACGACGAAGCUUGACCAGACAGCUAGCCUGUUGACACUCAAAUUUAAACUGUCUUUAGAUUUGUUUUGUAUCUAAUAUCCACUGGUUGUUGAUAAGUAAAAGGUGAAUUGUUAUAAAAUAAGAUCUACUACGUGAUCCGAGGUCGGCGUAAGGGAAGUGCUGUUGUCUCCCAUCGCCAUGUCUCAACUGCUGUUGCAGUAAACCACAGACUGCAUUGCCUGGAAGGAUCUAACUGACCACCAUGCUAAGUUGGUUCUUCUGCAUUCUGCUCCUGGGCCUGAGAGUCACAGAGAGCCAGGCCAGUGGACUCGCGCCUCCACAGCAAGUGAGGCUGGACGCAGACAAGGCAGCACAAAAGCUGUCGGUCACAUGGGAGGACGGCCACGCCUCUACCUUUGACGUGGAGAUUCUACGCACUGAACUCAUGGAGAUUGUGUUGAAUGAGACAGUGGGUGUAACAGCAGACCAGAGCACAGGGAAGCACCAAUGGAACUGGACCUCUCCAGUACCCCUGGAGUGUACCUCUCUGUCGGUCAAAGUGCGCUCCAGAGACGGCCAAGAUGUCAGCGAAUGGAGUUCUCAACAGAUCCUUCCAGGGUUGGACCUCCCGGACAACGCGGUUGCACAAAUGUACCCAGAGGGGGAAACGGUUCCCGUGGGCAGCAACAUGACGUUCUGCUGCAUCGUGGGAGAGGGUCAGCAGUUUGGGAAGCUGCGGUAAAACGUACUGAUGAACGAGACCAUGCUGAGUAGGCGGACCUACGCUACCACGAUGACCAUUCGGGAACCGUCCAACACCUCCGGGACCAAUGUGGUCUGCAGCAACGAGAAGAACAUAAUCGUCACCGGCGCCGUCGUGUUCGUGGGGUACCCCCCUCUGCCCAGUGACUUGGUGUGUGAGACCCAUGACCUGAUCUCUGUGGACUGUCAGUGGACAAAGGGCCGAGAUACCUACCUGCUUGGAAAGACCCGUCAGACGUACUACACCCUGAACGGAAGGAACUGCACCAAAGCCAAGAACAGCAACAUGCAUUGUGGUUGGGAGCAGUGGGAAGGGAACUGGACCCUAGUCGCACGCAACCCGCUGGGCCAGUUCAGGCUUACAGACGCAGCCCAGCUGGGUCACAGAGUCCGUCCAGUGGCCCCUGUGAAUUUGACCACCCCAGAGGUCUAUAGCUGGAAUGCCAGUGUGGGUUGGCACUGGAACUACAAUGGUUACGAGAGGCUGUCCCUUAUCUGCCAGGUGCAACGUACCAGCCACUGGAACAGCAGCACACAAACCUACACUGGUCACGGACUGAACACAGCGGUACUGAAGGACCUGCAGCCCGAUGAAGAGUACAGCGUUAAGGUCCGCUGUGGAUCCCAGAAGAACUUCUGGAAAUGGGGAGAGUGGAGUUUGCCGCUGAGUUUCCAAACCAAAAUGGACCGCCCCAAGGCUCCUGACAUAUGGGUGUGGAUGGACAGCGACAACCUAGGCCGUGUUUUGUGGAAACCUCUAACAAAGAGAGAGAGCCACGGCCAGGUCAGCGGUUAUGAGGUGACCCUGUGGAGCCCCGAGGAGAAUGGCCAACAGACUUUCACCCUCCCCCAGAGCAUGUACAGUCACCCCAUCAACAUGACUGACCGCGGGAGUAAAGUCACGGUCACUGCGCGGAACCCUGCAGGAGUUUCCCUCCCAGCGAACAUCGUCAUCCCCAGACACUUGCCAGAUACAGAGGACACCACCAUCUCCAAGGUCGCGUUCAAUGGCAGUGGGUUUCCCCUGUCCUGGGUGGCCCAAACUAACGCUAGCUGUGGCUACGUGGUGGACUGGUACAACACUAGCUGCACACAGGACUGCAGUGUGGAGUGGACCAAGGUGGCAGCGGACAACACCAACACCGUGGUUCAAUCCAGUAACUUUUUUGCAGGAGUGAGAUACACGUUUUCUUUGUACGCCUGUUCAUCAGAGUCCACGGUUCUGCUAGAGAGGUGGCAUGGGUACAUGCAGGAACUGGUCCCGUCUCAGGCCGUCCCCAGGCUGUCACCCAACCAGGAGGGCUCUGACGUCCAGCUGACCUGGGAUCAGAUUCCACUGGAGCAUCAGAGAGGCUUCAUCCUGGGAUACACCGUCUACCUGACAAACGCAUCCCACCUCACCCUACUGGCCAACAUCACAGAUCCACAGCUCACCAACCACACAGUCAGGCACCUGGUCCUGGGCUCCUACAAGUUCACUGUCAAGGCCUACACUGCAGCAGGGGAGGACGGAGGCGCCACAGUGUCCAUCUCACUGGAUCCCUACACCUAUUGGCUGAUCCUGGAGCUCCUGGUUGCUCUGGGCGCCAUGACCUGUGUCCUGAUCCUCAUCACCAUCGCUUGCUACAGGAAGAGGAAAUGGGUGAAGAAGGCCUUCUACCCCGAAAUUCCAGAGCCCAAGCUACCAGGAGACUGGGGGAUAACACAGGGGACUUUGGACGUGAAGCCCUCGCCCCACAGCAUGGUGCACAUCGUGGAGGACCCCGUGUGGGACUCAAGCAAGGAGGCUCUGGUGAGCGUUCCCGAGGAGGACGAGGAGGGUACAGGUGACGAGGCGGCCGACACCGACGAGCCCGCCGUGCUUCGCUACUACAACCAGGUGGUGGAGGAGGGCUCCUCCUCCCGGGGUCGUCCUCACGCCUCCGACUCCUCGGCCUCCUCCACCGGCUCCAUGGACUCAGGACACACCGACGUCACCUACACCGGCAUCCAGACCUCUGCCUGCUCCCUGGCCCACUUCCAGCCUCAGCCUGAUGCAUCCCAAUGUGCUGGCGAUGGAGGUUACCGGCCCCAGAUGCAGUCUGCAUCAUGCCCCGAGGAUCCCCAAGCUGGCCCUGAGGAGCACCUUCAGCCCCCUGUGGGCUCUUUUGGAGGGUACCAGCCCCAGUGCUCUUGGAAACAGGACUCCCCCGAGGCUGACGGCGGCUUGGACCAAGCCUACCUGGGCAGUCCCACCUCCGUCACCUCCUCCCAGUUCCUGCUCCCUCAUGACACCUCCUCAGAGGAGGGCAAGGAGCACCCGUCAUCAGCAAGCACCUGGUUCCACAACCUCCUGACGGGCAAACCCUGAGGCAGCCCAAUGUCAUGACGACGAGUCACGAGCUUCACAUCCAAUUUGUCACUGCCUUCUCUCACCUUCCCAACCGGGCAUUUGUUGUUACAAUACACAUUUCAAUGUUAUGUUUCUAAGCUCAUGUUGGUGUAAACUAACAAAUGUCACUCCUAAAAGAACACUAAUUACACUAAUCCUAGAUUUGCUGGAUUGCGUUUGUGGAGAUUGAGCGGUUUGUGGGAGCUGCCGUGCUACUGAAAGGCAUUCUAGUUCAUAGAAAGUUGACAGCAUUUUCUAAAACAAUUGCCCUGAAAAUCACAGAUGUCUGCUACACGUACUAGUAGUUAGAUUCUGACACAAUUAAUGAAGAUGUCUGAAUUACUUAUUGUUGUCCUCUGAAACUUUCUGGUAAUAGCAAAUAUUCACUGAAAUAAGCUAGUAGUACAUGGAAAAAUGUACUAUCAUGUUAUAUUUUAUUGUGUAUUUUUGUGUUUUCGUUCCAAGCCAGGGGCCUCAGAAGGUGCCCUUGCUAAAUGUGGAAGAUAAGUUAGUUCCCCCUCAUGGUUUUUAAGUAUGCAUUUGAAACGCACCACUUUUCACUUGCACAUUCUUAGAUAUAACAAAAAAUAUAAAUGUGUUUUGCAUGGUUGUAUUGUUAGAUAUAUUCCAGAUCUGUUGGGCCUCCACCAUUGAACUGUUGUUUGUUCUACAGCCCUUUACUAAAUCACGCCUUGACAGUUUAAACAAACAUAAGUGUUGCCUUAAAUGUUAUGCUUCCAAUCAUUUUGGCCUAUUUCGACAAACGUUUUAUGCCUUGUAAAUAGAUCAAUAUGGGGUAUCAAAACAACUGAACACAUUAUGCAGAAUUGCAUCAUGGGAUCUGGAGUUUACCCUCCAAUGCAGUGGGAUAUGGAUAUAGAGGUAAUCCUCCAUAAUAGUGCAAUGCAGGCUUGGGGUCAAUUUCAAUUAAGUUAAUUCAGGAAGUGAACUCAAAUUGCAUUUAAAAUGUUCCUCAAUGCUUUUCAACGAAAAGGAAUUGGAAUUUUCUCUUUACUUCCUGAAUUGAAGCGGAAUUGACCCCAAGCCUAGCACGACAUAUAAAUAGUUUAACAAUAGAUUAUUGGCCAACGGUUUUCCUACUAAAUAGUAAUUAACACUAUUUUUGGCAUUAUUCAGACAUACUACAUAUGCCUAUAGAAUUGUUACUGUGAAAUGAAUACACAUGCACUAAGUAAAUACAGGCUUGGAGUUAUUGUUGGUGUUUGAGAACAGCUGUUCUAAGUUAGCCUGGAUCGCUAGUUGAAGUGGUUGCAGUGGAUUUGCUGUGAGUGCCUGUUGAUGUGUUUCAGGGAGAUCCAGAUGAACUUGUGUAUAGUAUAUUAUAAACUGGGUGGUUCGAGCCCUGAAUGCUGAUUGGCUGAAAGCCGUGGUAUAUCAGGGUAUGACAAAACGUUACUUUUCACUGCUCUAAUUACAUUGGUAACCAGUUUAUAACAGCAAUAAGGCAGCUCGGGGGUUUGUGGUAAAUGGACAAUAUACCACGGCUAAGGGCUGAAUCCAGGCACUCCACGUUGCAUCGUGCUUUAGAACAGCCCUGAGCCAUGGUAUAUUGGCUAUAUAUCACACCCCCUUGGGCCUUAUUGCUUAAUUAUAGUAGAGUAUUUCCUGGGUUGUUGUCAGAGAAUACAGGACAAUCUGGGAGCCGGUUUCGAACUUUUCAGCGAACAUUGAUAUCUUGUCGUAGCCUGGUCCCAGAUCUAUUUAUGCACUUGCCAACUCCAUUGACAAGGAGUUUGGCAUGAUGGCACAAGCAGACUGGCUAAUCGUGUCACUCUUCCAUUUUCCCAGAGCCUCCAGCAACAAAGCUUUAAGUACUACUGUGACAUAUGUAGAGGAAUAAUAGAGUAGCCAUAAUAAAUGGCUUUAAUAGACAUGCUCUUCUGAAGUCGUCUUCAGAGCGUUGGAGACUAACCUAAUGCUAUGCGUUAAAAUUUUAUGUUGAUUUGGUAAACACUGCUCUUGCUCUGAAGUUAUUUUUUUAUAUAUAUCGUAAAUUGUGUAUUUCCUACCUUCUCUGUCUCACAACAACUCUGUACAGUUGUAUAACAUUUAAAAAAAAAUAUUUGUCCUGGAAUUCUAGAAAUCUCUAGUUUUUUUUUGGGGGGGGGAGGGAGCAUCAGACAAUGUAUCUAUCUUGUUAGGUCUGUUACAUGUUACAGGGUUUGAAUCAAGUCAUAUCACUCACUGAUGCAAGCGAUGUAUUUGUCCAAACAGUCUAAUGUAAUGGCAUUACUUCCAGCUUCAGCUUGCUUGGGUUGUGUUGUAAUAGGGAUUUUAGUGAUAGGAAUCGUGAUGUCUGCUAAUGGCUCAUGGCUUCUUGUUUUGCCUGUAAGUUUGUGCAUGUUGUAUAAACUAUUAACCAUU